CGGGUGAUGAUUUGCAAGCAUGUAUACUGGAGCAGUUUUCUUAGCAACGCUUACACUGACAAGAUUCAUUAACGAAGUGGUCAUCUCUGCUCGAUAUGUAGCUGGCUAUUCGACAUUACUACCCUUUCCUACGAAAUGGCAGACAACGAAGAACAAACGUCCGGGCUAUUCACAUGCAUGGCAUGUCAAGUGGCAUUCAGAUCCGGAGAGGGUCAAAGAAACCAUUACCGAUCCGAUUGGCAUAGAUACAAUCUUAAGCGCAAGGUAGCCGACCUCCCCCCUAUCACCCUCGCUCAAUUCGAUCAGAAACUUCAAGUAAAUCAGACUAAGACUGAUGAAAAGAAAGCCGAGCAAGAAGCUUUCUCAGGAGAAUGUGAAGCUUGCAGAAAAACUUUUGGUACUCAGGGUUCGUUCAACAGCCACAUUCAAUCCAAAAAACAUAAGGAAGCUGUCGCCAAAGCCGCAUCUCGCCCACAAAAGACCGUCAAGGAAACUGAUGAUGAGAAGGCUGCCACUACAGUUAACCUUGUUGUGGAUGAAAACAUGUCCGAUGGCGAAGUCAACGAAAUUAUCGACAAACGGAUAUCCGAGGCUGUUCGACUUGCCGAAACUGAUUGUUUGUUCUGUACACACAAAUCAGACACCUUCGAAGAUACUAUGGCCCAUAUGACCAAAGUCCAUAGCUUUUUCAUUCCUGAUAUCGAGUAUCUCUCAGAUUUGCGAGGUCUGAUCAAGUACCUCGGUGAGAAGAUCAGUGUUGGUAAUGUUUGCUUGUACUGUAACGGAAAGGGCCGUGCUAUCCGAUCACUAGAAGCUGUUAGAGCUCACAUGUUGGAUAAAGGUCAUUGUAAGAUUGCAUAUGAAUCUGAUGAGGAUGCCAUGGAAGUGGUGGACUUUUACGAUUUCUCGUCAUCCUACCCUCAAGGCUACGAUCCUGAGAACCCUGAUGUUGAUGCUGAAUUGGCUCAGCUCACUAAUGACAUUCAACUUAACGAAGAUGAAAUGGAAUUGAUAUUACCCAGUGGUGCAAGAAUUGGACAUCGCAGCUUGCAGCGAUACUACAAGCAAUCCUUCAAGCCUGAUGAUUCUCGCGACUCUGUCUUGAUUAACAAGCUAAUUACACAAUACACUGAUGACUUCGGCUACGAGUCUCUCCGAUCCAACACCGGUCGUCAUGCACAGUAUAUGGUCACUGAUGGUCGCAACGGUGCUCCCACCAAGAGGGAUGCCUUUGCUGAAAUCAGACAUCGUGAGGAUUUCAAGAUGAAGACCGGCAUGCAAGCCAACAACCAAAAGCAUUUCCGUCUCCAGAUUCUACAGUAAACUCCUUGUCAUUCGUUCCUUGCUCUUUCCUCAAUUACUGUUUUGCAUACCAUUAUUCUUCCUUGUACAUUAUCAUCAGACCACUUCAAUGCUUUGAUCAUCACGAUCAUGCUAUUAGCCAUGCAGUUUACUUUACAAAUAGAAGAUACUGGAUUACU